AGGAAUAACACACAUCAAAUUCAGUUCUCCAAGUUUCACUCCUUUAGACCAUCUCUUCCACAUGAACUCUCUCUUUCUCUAAAUCUUGAAAUGGAUUCCUUGAUAAAACUCUUCUUCUCAAUAUUACUAAUCUCUUCUCUAAUUUUUGGAGAAAUCAAUGGAGUCGAGAGUUCUUCAUCAAACCAUCAUCAUCAUCGUUAUCAUCAUCCUCACUUGUCCAGCCCAAAGAAGUUGUUUGUGUUCGGAGAUUCUUACGCUGAUACCGGGAACAUAAAGAAACCUCACUCUGUAUCAUGGAGAGUCCCUUACGGCAAUACUUUCCCCGGUAAACCCUCCGGUCGUUUCUCUGACGGUCGAGUCUCCACCGAUUUUUUAGCCAGAUUGUUGGGGAUUAAAACACCCUUUGCUUACCUCUGGAAAGAAUACGUGGGAAAAGAACGAUUACGGAACGGAAUGAAUUUUGCGUACGGAGGAACCGGAGUGUUCAACACUAAGAGUACGAGUCCCAACAUGACCAUUCAGAUCAAUCUAUUCGAGCAGCUCCUCGGCGAUAUCUACUCUCAGUCUGACCUUUCUUCUUCCCUCGCUCUCGUCAGCGUUGCUGGCAACGACUACUCCAAUUACCUCGCUCUAAACCGCUCCAUCGCUGCCCUCCCAAUAUUCAUCAAGCAAGUUGUGGAUCAAACCGAGCUGAAUCUAAGACGAAUACAGGUCCUGGGAGUAAAAAAGAUAGCAAUACCAUCGCUCCAGCCUCUUGGAUGCCUCCCCCUCUACACCUCGUCCGAGGGUUGCAACGAGACUUAUAACGCGUUGGUAAACUACCAUAACAGCUUGUUGGAGCAAGUAGUAGCCAAGCUCAACAACGAGACCAAUCAUUCGACUUUUGCCAUCGUUGAUUUCUAUAACGCCUUUUUGACCGUCUUCAAGAACAAAGGAGAGAAUCCAGAGAGUAAGAGGUUUGAAACCCCGUUGAAACCAUGUUGCGAAGGCAGUUGCGGGAAUGUGGACGAGAAGGGUGCGAAUAAGUAUGCGUUAUGUGAUGAUCCUGAGGCUGCUUUCUUCUGGGAUGGACUUCAUCCUACUCAACGAGGAUGGGAAUCUAUUUACUCUGUUUUAAGAAAAGCUCUAUCUGCGUCUUUGCUUAAACUGUAAACACACAAGUUGGGAUUAGAGAACCGAAAUGUAUUUAGUAAAACCACGCUUUGACCAAAGCAUAAACCUCUAGUUUUUUUUUUUUGAAACUAA